AUGUUUGUCUUGGCUUUUAAAAGUUUACCAAAUCCAUCUAUAUUUUUGUGUAGUACAAAAAAAUAUAACACAAUUCUGCAUGAUCAGCUGGAUAUGUGA